CGGGCAGUCUCAGUUCGCGGUUGUCGGGGAGCCGCGGACGACGCGGCGUGGAGGGGCGGCGUAGAGGGGCCGCGAGGCCCCUUGCGAGGUGGUGCGGCCGGAUCUCCUUGGAGCAGGAAUCCGGAGAAAUGGCUUCCUCUGGACGCCGAUCCCUAGCGCGUAGGGGAGUGUAUCGCUAGCGAGCGUGAGGACCUGCGCGGCGCCCCUGCCUUCUCCCGGGGAAAUGAUGGUCGGCGGGCGGUGACCGCCUGAGGACGCCGCUUGCCGGGGCUCGGUGGAAGGAGGGAUUUUACUCACUGGAUUGAUAGCUCCGACCGAGAAGUGCGGUGGAGGAUAUCUGAAUCUUCCUCUCCUUUGGUUGACUUAAUUGUGUUGGAUUCCAGCGUUUGUCAAGUGGAACAUUAAAAAUUUUCCGAAUGAUUAGAAUUUUAAUUUUAGGCCCGCCUUUUGGAAGAAGUAUCCAGAAAAGAAAUACUUUUAACUUUUUAAAGCCCUUUAAUCUGUAUUUGCCUUUCCUCUAGGGAGCACUCUAGAUGGUUCUUACUUUCCUUCUGGUACCUUUCAGAACUACUGUAUGCCCUUUAAAAUAUGCAGUAGGAGGAAGGUGCUAUAGAGUCAAUAACUUUACAAUCAAUUAAAAUUUCACAUUUUCUUCAUUGUGUUUUUUAAUAAUUAGAAUGAGACACGUUAUGUACUGUCACAGUUUAACUGUGUUUGUAUAGUAUUUCAGAAUCAAAACAGGAAAAAUAAUUAGGAAUGGCUGUGGAGGAACUCCAGUCCAUAAUAAAGAAAUGUCAAAUCUUAGACGAGGAUGACUUUAAAGAAGAAGACUUUAGCCUGUUUCAGUUAGCAGGCCAAAAAUGCAUAGAAGAAGGACACAUAGACCAGUUAUUAGAAAUUACUCAAAAUGAAAAGAAUAAGGUCAUCAUCAAGACUAUGGGCUGGAAUCUUAUUGGUCCUGUUGUUCGAUGCCUUUUAUGGAAUGAUAAAGAAAAUGAUAAAAGAAAAAAUUAUUUUCUAAUGCUUGAUUUACUGGUAAAGUUAUGUAAUCCAAAGGAAUUAUUGUUGGGUUUGCUUGAACUGAUUGAAGAGCCCUCUGGAAAACAAAUAUCCCAAACUAUUCUUCUUGUACUUCAGCCAUUACAAACAGUGAUUCAGAAACUUCCUAAUAACAAGGCAUAUUCAGUUGGAUUAGCAUUGUCUACCCUUUGGAGUCAACUGGCGCUUCUUCCUGUUCCUUACUCAAAAGAACAAAUACAAAUGGAUGACUAUGGCCUUUGUCAAUGUUGCGAGGCCUUAAUAGAGUUCACUAAACCUUUUGUGGAAGAAGCUAUUGAUAAUAAAGAAAACAAGGAAAAUGAAAACAAAAAAUUAAAGGAUGAGUUACUGAAAUUACUACGGAUUUUAUACUUGGGAAGUGUUGGAUUCACAGUUACCUAUUUCUUACGUCUUAGUUGUUUUAAAAGCUUGAAAUGCCCUUUGCUGACAGCACAAUUCCUUGAACAAUCUGAAGCAGGAAAUGAUCCCUUACGGUAUUUUGCAUCUGAAAUAAUAGGUUUUUUAUCAGCAAUUGGACACCCUUUUCCAAAAAUUAUUUUUAAUCAUGGAAGGAAAAAGAGGAUAUGGAAUUACCUUGAAUUUGAGGAAGAAGAAGACAAACAAUUAGCAGACUCUAUGGCCUCUCUGGCAUAUCUAGUGUUUGUUCAGGGCAUCAAAAUUGAUCAGCUACCAAUGGUUUUGAGCCCUUCAUACAUUUUGCAGUUUACUAUGGGACAUACUGAAGUCUUUUUGCAAAGAACAGAAGAGUCUAUUUUGUCCAAAGGAUUGGAACUGCUGGAGAGUGGUUUAUUGAGAAUAGAAGAUAACAGUGUACUUUACCAGUACUUAGAAAUCAAGAGUUUUCUUACUGUACCUCAGAGCUUAGUCAAAGUAAUGACACUUUGCCCCAUUGAGACAUUGAGGAAAAAAGGUUUAGCCAUGCUUCAGUUGUAUAUUAACAAGUUGGAUUCACAAGGCAAAUAUACAUUAUUUAGGUGCUUAUUGAAUACAAGUAAUCACUCAGGUGUGGAGGCCUUUAUUAUUCAGAAUAUCAAAAACCAAAUUGACAUGUCUUUUAAGAAAACGCCUAACAAAUGGUUUACAGGACCACAGCUGAUUUCCCUUUUAGAUUUGGUGCUGUUUCUCCCAGAGGGUGCUGAAACAGAUUUACUACAAAACUCAGAUAGGAUUAUGGCUUCAUUAAAUUUAUUGAGGUAUUUGGUUAUCAAAGAUAAUGAAAGUGACAAUCAAACUGGAUUGUGGACGGAACUUGGAAAGAUUGAAACUAAUUUCCUAAAGCCACUUCAUACAGGACUCAAUAUGUCAAAAGCACACUAUGAAGCAGAAAUUAAAAAUAACCAAGAAAAUAACCAAGCAGACAGGAAGUCUAAGGAGCUUUGUUCUGUAACUAUAGGUAGAGAAGAGAUUCCUAAUAUGCCUCCUGAAAUGCAGCUGAAGGUCCUACACUCAGCUCUUUUCACAUUUGACUUGAUUGAAAGUGUUCUAGCUCGAGUAGAAGAACUCAUUGAAAUACAAACAAAGUCUACCUCUGAAUGUAAAAUGCUGGAAUAAAGUAAAAGUUCUACUUCCUAAAUAAAAAUGGAUAAAAUACUGUAUUUUCCAUUAUGCUUUUAGUACCUUUGUAAAUAUUUUUCUGCAAAAAGGUACUGUUAGAAAAGUUAAUGUACCCUUUUCAGUUGUCAAAUUCUAUAAAAUACAUUAUGGAUCGUGGAUUAUGGUUUUAAAAAGUUAAAAAUACUACAUUGGAAAGUUUGAUACAAACUAGUAAGUUUGUAUUUCAUAAAAUGUAGCUGAAAUGCUUUACUCAGUAUAGUUGUGAGUUUAUAAAAAGAUGGAUACACUAUCUGCUUGAGUGUUGUAUAACAGUUUAGAAAUCCCUGGGUCAGUUUAGGUACCACACACCUGUAAAAGUGAUGUGCUCAAGAGAGUGUAUUGUUUUCUUAGCUUCCCUUCAUGUGCUUCAAGAGCAGUCUUAUGGAACAAAGUCCCUUCACAACCCCUGUAGCAGUUAAUGGGGAAGCGCCUGCAAAGAUUAACUUUACAAUAUAGGCUGCCCUUGUGAAAAACCUUAAGAAAGAGAGAGAGAGUAUGUGUGUUUCCUUUCAUGCAGGUAGCUCAUAAGAAAAUUCUGUAUUUUAUUUGCUCCUAUUUGUCCAUACAGCUUAAUUUGUAUCAAGAAACUGACUUUUGUAAUAUAUAUGUACAAAUUACUUACUAAACAUUAUAAAAAAUCA